UGGUCACUGGUUCAUGCCUAAUGUUUUACUUUCUCUUGGUUAAGAGUUAUCCUGUAAAGCAAUACCGAUUCCCGGUGAAUGAGGUUAACUCCUGUCCCACAACAAAUCAGUCCUGGUAUGAAGCUGGUGUACAAUUAAACUGCACUUACGACAAAAACAACAGAUUCCAAUACAUGUGUAUCCCAAACCAAGCCAAAACUGCUCUACUCGAAUUUUGCUAUGAUUAUUUUAUUCGUCUGCAUGAAAAGGGUCAUUGUUUACAUCUUACGGAUUCCGGAACAGUAAAUGAAGACAGUUGUAAAAGCUUUAAUGAUGGCUGUCCUUAUCGGCCUUACCUAAGUAACAACAUUUUCCUCUUCCAGAGAUGCCUCAACAUUAACAAGCAGUUAGGAUGCUUCAUAGACGAUCCUCAGUGUCCUUUAGUGAAUCAAAGGCAUUGA